GAGGACAGCCCCCAACUUUGGAACCGCCUUUCGAGGUGCCCAGGUCUACGCCUCCGAACAGGACGACGUGCAACCUAUCGGCACCGACCCGGGUCCAGCGGAUACAGCCUCGCCGCCCAUACCAGACGACGACUACGAGGCCCUGCUGGUGGCACGCUUUGCGGCGGAGCACGAUUCCUCCUCGGAGUCCGAACAGCCAACGGAGGCGAAGCCUUCCGAACCUAUAGCCUUCAGCCUUUUUAGGUUCCUGAAGGACAAUGCCGUCCAUGAAGUCCUAUCACAGGCCCUGGCCCUGAAAGGCCUGGAGACGGUGGAGGACCUGGCCUAUGCCUAUCCCGACUUAGCCAGCCUGGACAGCCUCCUUUCCAGCCUCUCGGAUGACGACAUGAGCGAAAUGGGCGCAGCUGACGCCCUGCACGGAGUCCAGGCUGCCAGACUCCGCCGAGCUCUGCGAGCAGCCCACGGCCUCUCUCACCAAGCACACCAGCCCCCGCCCACGCCGGCUGCGGAGACUUUGCCCUCC